AUAAGCAAAAAAACAUACUUAAUUAGAACUGCAUUAGUAUGUGGAAUCAUUUAGAAUACAUAUAAAUAGCAUUACCAUCUUUAGACUUUGUUGCUGCUAGUGCUCCAACCAUUACCAUGGCUACUAUCUUUGCAGUCGCUUCCUCCUCCGCUCCUCCUCUAAGCCACCAUGCAAUACGGAAAACUUCAGUUUCUAAUAGUUUCUGUUUCUUGUCAACUAGUUUUGACAGGAGAAUUGUUGGUUACCGUAGAUUGACUGUUGCUGCUAGUCCUGCGUCUGAAAGUACUGUGGUUGAUACUGAACCGCUUACAAAACAGGAUCUUAUUGAUUACCUUGCAUCUGGUUGUAAACCCAAGGAUAAAUGGAGAAUAGGUACUGAACAUGAAAAGUUUGGUUUUGAGCUUGGAAGCUUGCGUCCGUUGAAAUAUGAACAAAUAGCAGAAUUGCUGAAUGGCAUUGCCGAGAGAUUUAACUGGGAAAAAUUAAUGGAAGGUGGUAACAUUAUUGGACUCAAACAGGGAAAGCAAAGCAUAUCAUUGGAGCCAGGUGGUCAGUUUGAACUUAGUGGAGCCCCUCUUGAAACCCUGCAUCAAACUUGUGCUGAAAUUAAUUCGCACCUCGAUCAAGUUAGAGCUGUUACUAAGGAAAUGGGAAUCGGAUUUUUGGGGAUUGGUUUCCAGCCAAAGUCUGAGCGUAAAGACAUACCUUUGAUGCCAAAGGAAAGAUAUGAGAUUAUGAAUAACUACAUGCCCAAAGUUGGUUCUCUUGGGCAUGACCAGAUGUUCAGGACAUGCACUGUACAGGUCAAUCUGGACUUUAGUUCUGAAGCUGACAUGAUCAGGAAAUUUCGUGCUGGUCUAGCUUUGCAGCCGAUAGCGACAGCUCUUUUUGCAAAUUCACCUUUCACCGAGGGAAAGCCCAAUGGGUUUGUCAGUAUGAGAAGUCAUAUUUGGACUGAUACUGACCCGGACCGCACAGGCAUGCUGCCUUUUGUUUUUGAGGACUCUUUCGGGUUUGAGCAGUACGUUGAUUAUGCUCUAGAUGUUCCAAUGUAUUUUGCAUAUCGGAAAAAGAGAUAUAUCGACUGUACUAGAAAUACCUUCCGGGACUUUAUGGCAGGAAAGCUUCAUAGUAUUCCUGGUGAAUUACCGACUCUUAAUGAUUGGGAGAAUCAUUUGACCACUAUAUUUCCCGAGGUCAGGCUAAAGAGGUAUUUGGAAAUGAGAGGGGCUGACGGAGGACCUCGGGAAAGGUUGUAUGCUUUACCAGCAUUUUGGGUAGGUUUAUUGUACGAUGAGGUUUCUUUGCAACGUGUUUCGGAUUUGAUAGCAGAUUGGACUUUAGAAGAAAGACAAAUGCUAAGGAAUAAGGUCCCUGUAACUGGUCUAAAGACACCGUUUCGAGAUGGUUUGCUGAAGCGUGUCGCUGAAGUGGUUCUAGAGUUGGCAAAGGAUGGCUUGGAAAGAAGAGGCUUUAAUGAAUCCAGAUAUUUAGAUCCGCUAGCUGAGGUGGUUAGAACAGGUGUGACUCCAGCUGAGAGGCUUUUGGAAUCGUAUCAUAGAAAGUGGGAGCAAUCUAUAGAUCAUGUAUUUGAGGAGUUGCUUUAUUAAGGUUCUUUCUGUGGAAGUUUAAUUGUGUAUACCACCUUUUUUUGGGGUCGAAUCGCGUGUAAAACUUUGGCUAUAGUCCUAUUAUCUCUCUCGGGAUCCGCUUUCAGAUAUAUGGAAUAAUAUGUGAUGUAAUUUUUUGCCUUGUGAGGCUUAUAUGCUUGGAAACGUGGUCAGACCAAACUGGUAUUAAUUCAUGUCGGAAGUUUGAAAGUCA